CGCACUUCUUCCUUUUCUUCUUCUUCUUCUUCUUCUUCUUCUUCUUCUUCAUGUCCAAACAGCAGAACACAAACUCGCUCACGGCGCACUUUUAACCCCCCCCCACCCCCACGCUCUCUCUCUCUCUCUCUCUCUCUCUCUCUCCCCCGGAGGGAGUGUGAUGUGCUGCGCGCUUCUGCCGUCCCCUCUAAGAGCGGAUCCUCUGUCGGUGCCUCCGCCACGCCGCCGCUCGGCUCGUGAAUGGCCCUGACAUGGAGGAAGUCCCGUUUCAGAAAGUCAAGACGCGGCGGAAGCGGAGCCGCCGCUGUCCGCCCGGCGUGCCCGUGACCGCGAUCGCGUGCGAGGACGAGUUCGACUGUAAGGAGCUCGAGUCGCUGUUUCGCACCUACAACCUGAAGCUGGAGCAGACCUCGGCGCUCAAGGCGCUCGCCGUGCUCGCUACGUUGGCGUGUGCGCUCGCCGCCCUCGAGGCGCUCUCCGGUCCGGGCCUGGCAGUCGCGAAGGCGUCGCAUCCGGCACACGGCGUCGUCUUCGCGUCGCUCUUCGUCGUGGCCAACGUCAAGUACCUGCGCGUGGGUCAGCUGCAGCAGAUCGUCAGCCUCACGCUGCUGUUCGCCUUCACCUUCGCACUGCUCUGCUGCCCGUUCCCGCCCGUGGCGCCCGGUUCCCACGCGCCGACGCCGCCGCCCGAGCACGGAGUCUGGCAGCUCGCGCUCGUCACCUUCGUCGCGUACGCGCUGCUUCCGGUGAGGACCCUGCUGGCCGUGACCUUCGGCAUCAUGGUGGCCAUCUCGCACAUCGUGGUCACGGCAACGUCGGUCACGGCCAAGACGCACAAGCUGUGGAGAGCGCUGGUGGCCAACACGGUUCUCUUCACCAGCGUCAAUCUGUCCGGUCUGUUUGUGCGGAUCCUCACUGAGCGCGCUCAGAGAAAGGCCUUCCUGCAGGCACGCAACUGCAUCGAGGAGAGACUGCGCAUGGAGGACGAGAACGAAAAGCAGGAGCGACUGUUGAUGAGCCUCUUACCCAGGAAUGUGGCAAUGGAGAUGAAGGAAGACUUCCUGAAACCUCCCGAACGGAUUUUUCACAAAAUCUACAUCCAGCGCCAUGACAAUGUCAGCAUCCUGUUUGCGGACAUCGUGGGCUUCACCAGCCUGGCGUCACAGUGCACGGCUCAGGAGUUGGUGAAGCUUCUCAACGAGCUCUUCGGAAAGUUCGACGAGCUCGCCACAGAGAACCACUGCCGGCGCAUUAAGAUCCUGGGUGACUGUUACUACUGCGUGUCAGGACUGACGCAGCCCAAAACUGACCACGCCCACUGCUGCGUGGAGAUGGGGCUCGAUAUGAUCGACACCAUCACGUCAGUGGCGGAGGCGACGGAGGUGGACCUGAACAUGCGUGUGGGUUUACACACAGGCCGUGUGCUCUGUGGCGUUCUGGGGCUCAGGAAGUGGCAGUAUGAUGUCUGGUCCAAUGACGUGACUCUGGCCAACGUGAUGGAGGCUGGGGGGCUACCUGGGAAAGUGCACAUCACUCGCUCUACGCUGGAGUGUCUGAACGGUGACUACGAGGUGGAGCCAGGAAACGGGCGAGAGAGAAACUCCUUCCUUCAGAAACAUGACAUCGAGACCUUCUUUAUAGUGCCAUCUCAUCGCAGGAAGAUCUUUCCUGGACUGAUCCUUUCGGACAUCAAACCUGCCAAAAAGAUGAAGUUUAAAACGGUGUGCUACCUGCUGGUGCAGCUCAUGCACUGCCGCAAGAUGUUCAAGGCUGAGAUCCCCUUCUCUAACGUGAUGAACUGCGAGGAUGGGGACAAGAGGAGAGUUCUGCGCUCGGCUCCAGAGAAGCUGCGUAAUCGGACCUCGGUUUCGGCCAACGUGACCCAGAGCAGCCCCGGCACACGGGUCAACCGCUACAUCGGCCGUCUGAUCGAGGCGCGUCAGACAGAGUCGGAUACGGCUGACUUACACUUCCUCACACUCAUGUACAAGUGCUCAGAGCGCGAGAGGAGGUAUCACCUCAUCCAUGACGAGUACUUCACCGGCGCCGUGGUGCUGUCGCUAAUCCUCGCUGCCUUGUUAGGCCUUGUCUACCUUCUCAUCAUGCCACAGGGGACAGUAGUGUUGGUGCUUCUGGUUUUCUGCAUCUGUUUCCUUGUAGCUUGUAUCAUGUACCUGCAUGUCACUAGAGUGCAGUGUUUUCCCGGGUGCCUCACCAUUCAGAUCCGCACGGUCCUGUGUGUGCUAAUAGUGCUGCUAAUCUACUCUGUGGCACAGGCGUGUGUGGUGGGCUGCAUGCCCUGGCUCUGGGCCUCCACCUCCAACACCUCUAUAUUGAUAAUUGACAUGGUGGGCGGAGCUAACCGCACCAUGCCGGAGCUGCCAUGUGACGGGGUACAGUACGCCUUCCUGGCCUGUGUGGUAGCCACGGUUACCAUGGCACUGUUCCUGCGAGUGUCCUGGCUGCCCAAGCUGCUCCUGCUGCUCGUGUUGGCCGUCAGCUUCAUCACCGUGCUGGAGCUGAGCGGAUAUCGCCGAACCGUGACCGGAGCGGGUGUAGGUUCACUGAACGUUCGCUCCUAUGAGCCCAUCCUCUCCCUGCUGCUGUUUUCCAGCGCUCUGGCCCUGCACUCACGCCAGCUCGAGCUCAAACUGCGCCUCGACUUCCUCUGGGCCACUCAGGCUGAAGAGGAGAGGGACGGGAUGGAGAAGGUGAAACUGGACAACAGGAGGAUUCUCUUCAACCUGCUGCCGGUUCACGUGGCUCAGCACUUCUUAAUGUCCAACCCCAGGAACAUGGAUCUGUAUUACCAGUCGUACUCCCAGGUCGGUGUGCUCUUCGCCUCCAUUCCCAACUUCAACGACUUCUACAUCGAGCUGGAUGGAAACAACAUGGGCGUGGAGUGUCUGCGUCUCCUCAACGAGAUCAUCGCCGAUUUCGACGAGCUCAUGGACAAGGAAUGCUACAAAGACAUCGAGAAGAUCAAAACCAUCGGCAGCACCUACAUGGCAGCAGUGGGCUUGGUUCCCACUACAGGCAGCAAGGUUAAAAAGUCCAUUUCUUCUCACCUGAGCACCAUCGCAGACUUCGCCAUUGAAAUGUUCGACGUCCUCGAUGAGAUCAACUACCAGUCUUACAAUGAUUUUAUCCUGAGAGUGGGUAUUAACGUAGGUCCAGUGGUGGCCGGGGUUAUCGGGGCUCGUAGGCCUCAGUAUGAUAUCUGGGGCAACACGGUGAACGUGGCCAGCCGUAUGGACAGCACCGGAGUCCCGGGAAAGAUCCAGGUAACGGAGGAAGUGCACCGCCUGCUACAGAACGACUACGACCUGGUGUGUCGCGGCAACAUCAGCGUCAAGGGGAAAGGUCAAAUGGUGACCUACUUCCUGGAGGGCAGAUCUCAAGGCGCAGGUCCGAGGGCACCGGAGCGUCGCAGAAGCACGUACGCCAUGGGCCGCGCCGCCAGGGUCGGGGUCGGAUCCGCACAAAGCUCCGCCCACGGCCGUCCCGCAUCUUAUAUCGUGCACGAGGAGGAUGGCGAGGACGACACCGAAGAGGACGAAGGAGAGGUUUAAGAUGAGGAAAGAGCAUACAGAGCAUCAGAAAGAUCGAUAAUAAAAGAUCUUUCUUCACACCCAAAGAUGAGGCAGGGCACCAGGCGGUCAGCCAGGAAGAUCUCACAAGCUACAACCUGGAACGAAGAAUCUGGAAUUAUUUUUGUCUUCCCUUUCUAACCUGAUCGAUGACCUGCUUUGGGUUUCGGCGACUUCUUUUCAGUGUUUAGAUCGCAAGCUGCACACUCGUCUUUUUCCAAUCAGAGGCACGGCUGGGGAUUACACACACACACACACACUUUUUUGUGCACAUGCAAAAUAAUGGAACUUAAAGUCGAUUAUUUACACUAUUUACAUCAGGACUAAUUUUUUUUUUUUUUAUGUAUUAUACGCCAAGACUACCUGAUCCGAUGUAAAUACUUGGAUGUUCUAUAAAACUUUGUGUACUUUUUGUAUGCUGUUCAGUGAGGCCGAGUGGAGCCGAGUGCGUGUGCAUGUGAUCGAGACGUAACCGAGAUAGCACAGACCACGUUUUAAAAGCAAUUUAUCAACUUAUAUAAAGCUUUAUAUGCUUUUUUUUUUUUUUUUUUUUUUUUUUUUGUCGGCGUUUGUAAUUUUUGCGGAUCUUUGCGUAGCUGUUGAUUAAUCAGGGAGGGUGACCAGCGCCCAAACUGCUCUUACUUGUUUUGAUAUUUUUCAGGUUAUUAUAAUGCGACUUGCCUUUGCUGCACAGACGACUUUUCUAACGUGAGAUUUUGCUUAACUUUCUUAUCAGGGCACUUCUAUUAGACGUUAACGGACUCGACACGUGUAGACGCGACUACAAGGACACUUCCAGCACCGACGCUGACGAGGGACUAUUAGAUUGCAAAAUCGUACAAAAGCAAUGAUUAGCAAAGUAUUUUUUUCGCUGGCUUUAUUUCGAGGAGUGUUUUAAGAAAAGGUUGGAGCGUACAGGUGCAACAUAAACUUGAGAAGAGAAUCUCAGCCGUUCGCGUGGAUAUAAAGUCACAGGGUGCUUUCACAUCUGCAGGGUUUAGUCAGGUUGAACGGAAACCUCGUGCAUUCUCUGCCUCUGUGUGUUUCUUCAGACAUUUUGCACUCACACUCAAGUGCAGGAUGAAAUAAUGAAGUGAAUCAAACACGCCAUAGGUUUUAGGUCACAGUCAGGGUUGCCAGGUUUCGGCAAAAAAAAGUAUUAAAAAAACAGCUGAAAGACUGAACGAAAGCGCUUGAGUCUGGUCUCUCUCACUUCCGAGUGAACCCUAAUGAGAAACUGAUUUGAUUCUGAAUCAAUUCUUUUGCACGAAGUGAAUCAAACACGCCAUAGGUUUUAGGUCACAGUCAGGGUUGCCAGGUCUAGGCAAAAAAAGUAUUAAAAAAAACAGCUGAAAGACUGAACAAAAGCGUCUGAGUCUGGUCUCUCUCACUUGCGAGUGAACCCUAACGAGAAACUGAUUUGAUUCUGAAUCGACUCUUUUGCAUGAAGUGAAUCAAACACGCCAUAGGUUUUAGGUGGCAGUCAGGGUUGCCAGGUCUCAGCGAAAUUUUCAGACAAAACAAUUCGAAAAGACCGAAAGAAAGCAUCCGAGCAUGUGGUGUCGCUCUUUUUCAAGUGAAACCUUAUGAGAAAGCAAUUUGACUUUGAAUUUUGCAAUGAAGUGAAUCAAAAACGCCAUAGGUUUUAGGUCACAGUCAGGGUUGCCAGGUCUCUGCAAAAAAAGUAUAAAAAAAACAGCUGAAAGACUGAACGAAAGCGUCUGAGUCUGGUCUCUCUCACUUCCUAGUGAACCCUAACGAGAAACUUCUGAAUCGAAAUCUUUUUCUGUGAAGUGAAUCAAACUUUUGGGAUUUGGGUUGCAGUCAGGGUUGCCAGGUCUCAGCAAAAUGAUUAUUCCAAAAAUUAAAAAACAUGGAAAAGUAAGAGACAAAUUUUGAAGACUUUCCCCAAAAAACUGUUCCAACGUUGAUGAAAAAUGGUCUCCAUGGCAACCCUGUGGCUGCUAUUCUGAGCCUCGAGGCUCAAACCGAGCCAAAAGACCGAGCUGUAGAACUGCAGAAACGGCAAAAAGUGAAGAUUCUGGAGAUUUAGAAAAACAAUAAACAUGACACAAUGGCUGAUUUCUCAGAGCUUCACCUCUUUACCUUUUUUGUGUUUCAGGAAAUGAAUCUCCACAAACUAUUUUUUUUUUGCUGUAUGAAUAAACGAAUAGAUGUGAAAGCAUCCUUAGACGUCCUCAUUAACAUAGCGCUGCAGUUCACCACAGAUCGCACAAAAAAGUGCCACCGAAUGGACAUUUUAUAUUGACUUUUUAUAUUAAUCCUCACCAAUACAUUAAUUUAUUCCAUGCAGCAGGUGAUACUUUGGAAAUUCGGGAAGAUUUCCUGCUAGCACACUUCCUCCAGGAUUGAGGAGUUUUUGUUAAAUUUAGCACAGAUUUUUGCGCAGAUUUUUUUGGCGAGACGCGACACAUUCAUCUAAAUCCCUCUUGGUUUUGCAGUUUUGCAGGAAAAAAUCAACAACAAAAAGCACAAAAAAUAAAUAAUAAAAAAACCCCUACAAAAUCAAGCAUUUUUAGCCACAAUUACAAAAAAAAAUAAAUAAAUAAAUAAAUAAAUAAAUAAAUAAAUAAAUAAAUAAAUAAAUCUGCACAAUCCUGGAGGGACUCAAUAUUUAAGACCAUGAG